UCUGAGCAUACAUGACCGACCGACAGACUGACGGACGGACUGACCGAGCGCCCCUGAGUUUCUCCGGCUGACUUUGCCCGCAGAUGAUGGCUCGGUGCUGGACGUUUUGGACCGGGAUCCUAGUCCUCAUGACCGCCGGUCUUCCAGGUGUCGUCCAGUCUUUCAGCCACCUGAGCUUCAACCUGUGUAAGUGGUGUGAGGUGUCCAGUCCGGUGUGUAAAGACAGCGUCUGCAUGAGUAACUGCACCCUGUCGUCCUUCUGCACCGUCAUCGAGGAGAUCUGCAUCGCCAUAUGAGCUGAAGCGUGAUGACCCUCACCCACUCCACCGCCGUCGCCUCCUCCAGGAGCAGAAAGUUUCUGCUGAUUCGUGUCUUUUGUUUGGAUAAUAGUGCUAGGCUGGGACCCCCACCCCCUUGCUGCACCCCUCUCAUUUCCUGUUCACGUCAGCUGGUCCAACCCUCCCAGCUUUCUGCAGGAAACCAGUGAUAAGGGAGAAGUGACGGAGAGGAGAGGAGAGGGAGGGAAACAGACGUUUAUUCAGGUCAAAGUUGACAGGGAUCGAGCUGCUCAGACUGACUGUGCUGAGACACUCAACAAGAAGAUGUUUGAAUCAUAUUCACAAAUCUUCCUCUCUGAGCUGCACAACCUUCAUCUUAAAGCUCCUCCAGUGUAAAGGAGGAAGACCAACGACACAAUGACGGUGCACACGAUGUGUCAUCAUCCCGCUCUGCCACUAGAGGGCGUCGACCCCGGCCUGCUGCUCAACUUCACCUCCAGAGAGUGUCACAUGGUCCCACAGCCGGCAGAGGACGGAGCCAUGAUGGUCUGUGGCUGCCAGGGAGAACACGAAUGUAACGACAAACUGAUCUUCAACAAGGGAGCCAACGGGUUCUUCAAGCUGCAGAGUAAAGACGUGAUCCCGGUGGUCGUGGUUAGUUUGGUGCCUCCUCUCCUUGUUGCCAUAGUUGCCACCGCCGCCUUCUAUUUCUACCGCACACACCGCCCUGACAAACCUGGCCCUCCUGCACGCCCCGACUGGCCCACCAAACGCACCCCAGAGCUCUACCAGGCUUUGGACCUGCCAUGUGGAGGCCGGGGGUCGGAGGCCAGAGGAGGAGGAGGUGUGAUGGCUCCUGGAUCUCAGCUGGAGGAGUCUAAUGCCAAGGUGUCAUCUCUCAACAAUGACAUCACAGAUUGGCAAGGCCAAUUGGCCGAACCGCUGCCCAUCAAACUGGAGGCCCUGGUGGGGAAGGGGCGCUUCGCUGAAGUGUGGAGGGCGCGCCUGCUGCAGGGCGAGAAGGGCGGGGUUAACAGCUAUGAAACCGUGGCAGUGAAGGUGUUUCCCGCUGUGGAGUACGCCUCGUGGAGAAACGAAUGCUCCAUCUUUUCCGACCCCAAACUGGAGCACGACAACGUGGUGCAGUUCCUGGCGGCUGAAGAGAGGGGUCCGCCCGGUCACACUCUCAGGAAGUACUGGCUGGUCUUGGCCUAUCACAGCCUCGGCAACCUGCAGGACUUCCUCACGGCAAACAUCCUGAGCUGGGAGGAGCUUGUUGUCAUGGCAGGUAGCAUCGCUAAAGGGUUAGCUCAUCUCCACAGUGACACGACACCCAGCGGGAUACCAAAGGUGCCAGUCGCCCAUCGGGACCUGAAGAGCAGUAACAUCGUGGUGAAGAGCAGGAAGGAGUGCGCUCUAUGUGACUUUGGUCUGGCCUUGAGAUUGGACCUCUCGCUCACUGUCGAUGACUACGCCAACAGUGGACAGGUGGGGACAGCUCGCUACAUGGCUCCCGAGGUACUAGAGUCCAGGGUGAACCUGGAGGACCUCGAGGCCUUUAAACAGAUGGAUGUUUACUCCAUGGCUCUGGUCCUCUGGGAAAUGGCCUCCCGCUGCCACGCAAUCGGAGAGGUGGAGAGCUACGAGCCGGCGUUUGGCUCUAAGGUGUGUGAGCAGCCCUGUGUGGACAGUAUGAGAGACCUGGUGCUGAGGGACAGAGGACGUCCUGACAUCCCCUCAGCCUGGACGCAGCAUCAGGGGAUGAGCGUCUUCUGCUCCACCAUCACUGAGUGCUGGGAUCACGACCCGGAGGCCAGACUGACGGCUCACUGUGUGGUGGAGCGCUUCAACGUCCUGCAGCAGGAGCAGGAGCAGGACCAGGACCAGGACCAGGACCAGGAACUGAGACCAGAAGUUGGCAGACCGGAGGACGAAGAAAGAGCAAAGAACUCUGAGAAACCAGACAAUGACCAGGUUCAUUCCUCCUCCACUGCUGCUUCCUCACCCUCCUCCUCUUCCUCCCUCCAGGUUCCUAAGCCACAGAGAGACGGUACAGAGGUAUCCCAUGAUUCUCCGGUUCACACUGGUACCGGUUGUGACCUGUUACUGUAACUGGCCUGAAGCAGCCGAUAGUGAAGGGACUGAGAAGUAACUAAAAACUGAUUCUGUAGUAAUUUACAUGAGUCUUUAAAAUCAUGGUGGUGUCAUGGUGGAGGUCCGGCUGUAGGGGGGGAAUUGUCGGUACUUCCAUCACUUUGGUCCAGACUCAAAUAUCAACAACAACCAUCAGAUGGAUUUCCAUAAAACUUUGCACAAACAUUCGUUUUCCUCAGAGGAUAAAUUCUACUGACUUUGUUCGUCCUCUGACUUCUCCUCUGGCGCCACCAGCAGCUUUAUAUUUUAGGUCCAGACUGAAAUAUCACAACUGUUAGAUGGAUUGUGACUUUUCCUCUAGCGCCAUCAUUUGGUUAAAAACUCUAACUGCAGAACUGAUGACACUCCCAUCAGCUAAACUAAGAUGUUGAACAGGGUCAACAUUGAUAUUUUAGCAUUGUCAUUGAUUGUAACCUGUUAGCAUUCAGCUCAAAGCACAACUUAGUGUAAGUAUGGUCUUACAGAGCUGUUAGCAUGUCGACUUUUAGUCUGGUUAUUCACCAGAUUUCUGAUUUCUACACCUCAGCAGUUUUGUUGUUUUCCCAGCUUCAGGACAAUAACCAGAAUAAAGGGAAAUGCACGUCUCCAGAAUAUGAUGUUUGACGCCAGUGAUCACAUUUCUCAGCAGUGAUGAUCCUCAACUCUCCAGAGAAACAUUUUGAGUAACCAGGUUAUGAUUCCUUUCUCCUGUAAGAUGAUUUCUAAUGCAGACACCUGAUUAACCAGGAUAUAACGAGGUCUGACUCACCGGAUAUACGCUGUGGGUAUAAACCUGCAAACUUGCGCCUGUUUCAGGCGGCAUUCUCCUCCUGUUCCUCUUCCCCUGCGUGUCACCGUUUUCUAAAUCCUCUUUGCUACAGAGAACAGCAACAACCUCAGAGCUUCAGCCUGCACGCUGAAAAUGGCCAGUUUUGAUGAAGAUCUGAAUUGUACAAUCAGCUCAUAGAAAUCUGCCAUUUUAAUGACGUUUUUCGUGUCCCUACGUGUUAACGUUCCUACAAAACAAGUUUCCCUCCGACAGUAUUUUGCAGCGGCACCAGAAAUACAAACAAACCAAAGUGUUUUUAACCCUAUAGCAGAAUGCUAAUGGGUGCAGAGCAUUCUCCAGUGCUAACACAGCUCUGUGGAGAGAGGUCUGACUGUGUGAGACUACCAUGCAUUUAAACAUGUUCUGUCAUUACCUGUAUAACCUGGUUUCUCUGAGGAACCUGGCUUCUGCAUUCAGGCGCAGCGGCGAUGCUAACAUUCUCAAACUUUGACUCGAUGAUGGCACUCAAGGAAAAGUCAGAGGGUCAGUGAAGUUAUCACAGUUCAGCCUGAGGGGAACAUGAACGUCCGAACCACAUUUCAUCACCGUCAUCCAGCAGCUGCUGAGAUGUUUCAGUGUGGACCGACCUGCCGCUGACAGGAAGAGGUAAAGUCUGAAACGACUGAAAAGACUCACAGUACGAUGGAUGUUCUCUCUUUGGGACGUCCUGGACUCUUCACCUGAAGUCCAGAAAGGACAGAAGUGACUGGUGGACUCACCUGUGAUCUUCUCCUAGUCGUAGCUCUGCUGGUACAGACGAACACUCACACUGUUGUUGUGUGGAAACGUUUCAUUUUGUCGGAGCUGGUCUCCAUUUUGUUUUGUUGUGACUGUGAUUAUUGUUACUUUAACCUUCCUGUAUGAACUGUCUGCCUGUGGACGGUGGUUGUAUCCGAUUAAAAAAACAAAUUACAGUGAAGAAUUGGUCUGAUUUUCCACUUUCAAUCACAAACCUCUGCCAAAGAUUUAAUUAUAUAUCUGAUUAUUAAUUACAGGCUACAGAAUUAUGUGUGAUGUUUUUGUUAUUUCUGAGAUGUAAGAAAUCUUCCAGUGUCCAGAUCAUUUGUAAAUUCAGCCACUAAAAAGACUUUUCUAUCAACAUGAAACACAAAUACUCAAAGUCACUACAGUCUCCAAAUGAUGUUGCUUUGUAAUAAAGUUUGUUUUCUGUAAUUAA